AUGUCAUUGACCAUGAGCCCACCAUCCGUCACACAAUCUUCACAGAGAGCCGGUACACAACUCCCACCGUUAUCCUCCAUACUCAACUCCCCAAAGGAUCACUCUGAGCCUGUGUCUCCAGUACAGGAUGCCAGACAGCCACAGCUAAAGCCUCUGGACAUGAGAACUCCGAUUAGAUUACCAUCUUUCGAUUCUUUGCAGUUUGACAAAGUGAGACCAGCAUUCCACCACUCCCACUCUUUCAGUGGACUCACGUCUGUCUCAAAGAUCUCAGCAACACCAAGGGGAUCCUUCACUCUUCCAACGCCGGUCUCUACGAAGCCAAGCCUCACAAGCACACACCAUUCGUCCUCUACAACAUCACUUCCACAACUCACAAGUUCAACGUUACAUACUCCUGUUUCAACAAUAGGUCAACCAGUUGCAGGUCAACAGGAAUCGCCAUUGGUUGAAAAGAGAUCGUUUGCCUUCAUCUCCCACUCUCCAUCGACCUUCCCUUCACAGGAACCUUCUAUUGACAACGCUCAAUUGGCACGUCGCAAGCGCAGAAGAACUUCGCCAGGCGAGUUGGCUGUGUUGUUGGCAGAGUUCCAACUCGGACAAACCCCAAACAGGGCAAAGAGAAUUGAGAUUGCCUCCAAGGUGAACAUGACCGAAAAGGCUGUACAGAUCUGGUUCCAGAACAGAAGACAAACCCUUAGACGUCAAUCAAAUACCCAGAGAGAGGUUCAUCAUUUGGAAUUACCACCACAGAUGACCCCAUUUACUCCAGUGUCCAGCGAAUUGAAGACCGAUUACCAGCCAACUUCUCCUCCUCAACAUCAACAACAGCCACAGCAUGGCUCAUCUUCUCCAGUUCACAAUACACCAUCACGUCCACCGCGUAACUCGUCAAGCUCUAAAUCACCAAACACAUUCACAUUCCGUCUGACAAAGCAUUCCACUUCUCCAGUGAAGACAGAGACGAUAAUGACACCAGUGCCACCUGGUUAUAGAUCGAGACAGAAGCCAGUAAUGAGAGUUAACUCACAACCGGCAACCUCUGAGACACAUUCAUCUCCAGUGCAUAGUGAGAACGUGUCACCAAAAUCUUCACCCGUUAAAUCGCCUGUGAAGAGAACGAUUGAAGGUGAAAGUGUAAAGAGACAGCCACUAGCGGAGAUCUGCCUCAACAAGGAUAUCAAGCCUGACACCAAGGAUUCAUCGGUGGUAAGUCUACCGAAGAUGAAACAGUUGGUAGAGUAA